UCCGGCCAGGUAGCCACACGGACAUAGACAAGAUGUGGAGAUUCCUUCUGAUUUGCAGUAUUCAACUGAUUUGCGCCUCGGAGCACAGUGGCGAAGGAUAUGGCGAUGGUUACGGAUACGGCGGAGGAGGCGGCGGUGGCGGCAUCGGCGGAUCAGGAGGCAGCGGCGGAGGAGGCGAUGGCCACUUCCACCACCACACACCCACCACGUACUCGGAGAUCUCGAAGCACGUGCCGGUGCACGUGAUCGAAAAGGUGCCACUGCCCAUUCCCCAUCCGGUGGCCGUUCAGGUGCCCAACGUCAUUCGGCUGCAGAUACCGGAACCCUACGCCGUCCACGUGCCCGUCCAGCAGGAGAUCCACGUGCCGGUGUACAAAAUAGUGCCCGAAAUAACCGAAAAGAAGAUACCCUACACCGUGGAGAAGCCAUACCCCGUCGAGGUGGAGAAACCCUAUCCCGUCGAAGUGAUCAAGCAGAUCAAGAUUCCGGUGCCUAAGCCGUAUCCUGUUCCUUUUACCAUCUACAAGCACGUCCUGCAAAAGGAGCACGGAUGGUGA